AUGUCGACCACAACAGUUGCACCGCCCACGAUUGCCCACACAAUGGUUGGCCCUGUGAGGCUCACAGGAGCACGUCCCACCAACGAACUCCCCCAAUGGCUUAUUGAUGAAGCGAAAGUCGACGAAAAGCAGUCUUUCGAUCCCAAAAAACACAUGAACUACCAGCCUCCAUCGAAGAUCUACACGAUGAAGGAUAUUGGCCUUGAAGGCCAGGGAAUCUCCCCGAAUGCAGUCACUGCACCAUUCCAACUUUUCACGGAGGAAGCCAUUAAGCAAAUGAGAGCUGAGAUCUUCAGCAAGCCUGUCCUGGAUGAAUGCCAAUAUACAUCGCCUUUUGUGAAGAACACCAUUCGGGGCAUGGGACCUGCACGUGCUCCAUUCACCUGCGAUGCCUGGCGCGACCCGGAGGUGCUCGCGAAGAUUUCAGAGGUGGCUGGCGUUGACCUUAUCCCUGCCAUGAACUAUGAAAUUGCCGCUAUCAAUAUUGCCGUGAAUGACGAGAGUAAGACGGUCUUGAAGGAUACCAAGUCAAAAGAUGAAAAUUUGCGUGCCUUUGCAUGGCACUGGGACAGCUACCCGUUUGUAUGUGUUACAAUGCUUUCUGAUUGCACCGGCAUGGUUGGAGGAGAGACUGCACUCAAGACGGCGAGUGGUAAGAUCAUGAAAGUCCGUGGGCCUGCGAUGGGAACUGCCGUUGUCAUGCAAGGUAGAUACAUUGAACACCAGGCGUUGAAGGCAUUUGGAGGGCGCGAACGGAUUAGCAUGAUUACUUCGUUCCGCGCGAAAUCUCCACUUGUCAAAGACGAUACAGUUCUUACUGGAGUUCGACCUAUCAGCAAUGUAUUAGAGCUUUAUAGGGAAUGGUCCGAAUAUAGACUGAAGGUCCUCGAGGAACGGAUUCGUGCACAGUUGGAAAACGAACACCAACAGCAACUGGGACAGCGUCCCUUCAACAUCUCGGAUAUGAAGACCUUCUUGAUCCACCAGAGGGAGUUCUUGGAUGCUACCAUUGCGGAACUCAUUGAGUAG